AUGUACUCAUACCAUAAUGACUACCACUCCACACCAGGAUCCAACUUCAACAGUACCCCUAGAUACGGAAUUAGUUCUACAGGAUCUACCUCCUUCUUUUCUUACGAUUCAUAUUCUGGAUCCAUCAGCGAAGAUAGUGCUGAGGAAUCAAAUAUCUCCCUUCAAGAGAUUUGUCCAUUCAAUAGAUACCAAUCUACCCACUAUUUCCAGACAUCUGGUUCAAUAUUCUCCACAUCCAGCUGCUUCAAGCUUUAA